UUGCUCAAAGUGUGUUUUCAUUUGGGAAAUGUUCUCCUCAAAUAGGCAAACUUAAUUUUCCUGAGCUUUGUAGAAGAUCCAGGUCCAGUGGGCACCCAGAUUUAGUUUCCUUUGGAGAAAAGUAUCACCAGAGAUUUAAUAGCAUUUCUGUAAUGCUAUUUAGUUAUAAAUCUAUGUGCAGCUAGGCAUGGCUUAAAGUUGCAACAAAGCACUCAAGUGCAUAAGAUCAACUCUACAGAAACAGACCUUAAGACUUUCUGAACUCAAAGCUUGCUAUCCUUGUCACCAUCAAUGAAUUCUAGCUUUUAUUCUUCUUUGUAUGAUACCCUUCUCAAGGGCUGUAAUGGUGAGGGAAACAGUAUUUUCCAUCCUAGUUUUUCUAGACCCAUGAUUGCUUCUCAUUUCUCUAACAGUAGAUGAAACUAGUUUAUAUUGCCUUUGAUUAUUAUGUAGGGAAACUUUUCGUAUCUUCAUUUUCAAACUUCCAAUGCAGAAUGGUAAAAUUCAAGUGUCUCUGUUUGCAGAUCAGGACCAUAACAUGUGUUUUCGUCUUUCUUUCUUAGUGGGUUGCCGAAAAGCUCUGGACAGCACAACAGUAGCGGCUCAUGAAUCUGAAAUCUACUGCAAAACGUGUUAUGGGAGGAAAUAUGGCCCCAAAGGAAUUGGUUUUGGGCAAGGCGCCGGUUGUCUCAGCACGGACACAGGAGAACAUCUGGGGCUGGAUUUACAGCACCACUCACCAAAGCCGGGUCGUCCGUCUACCCCUACCAACCCUUCAAAAUUUGCCACAAGGUUUGGAGAAGUAGAAAAAUGUCCUCGUUGUGGAAAGUCAGUGUAUGCUGCAGAGAAGAUAAUAGGAGGAGGAAAGCCUUGGCACAAGACUUGCUUCCGAUGUGCUUUUUGUGGGAAAAGUCUAGAAUCUACAAAUGUUACAGACAAAGAUGGGGAGAUUUAUUGUAAAGUUUGUUAUGCAAAGAAUUUUGGCCCUAAAGGAAUUGGAUUUGGCGGCCUCACUCAAGUUGAGAAGGUGGAAUAAGAUGCCAUG